AUGGAUGGCCUAGAUGUAGCCUUCCCCAUUUACAAAUACACAAGAAGCUAUUCAGCAAAUUCCCUUUUUUUUGCUGUGUGUCUUGCAGGUAUUCGUUACAGUAUGGAUGUUAGCGUGGAUGAAGUGAAAGCCUUGGCAUCUCUAAUGACAUACAAAUGUGCUGUGGUUGAUGUGCCAUUUGGUGGGGCAAAGGCUGGUGUCAAGAUCAAUCCCAAGAACUACACAGAUAAUGAAUUGGAAAAGAUCACGAGAAGAUUUACCAUGGAGCUAGCAAAAAAGGGUUUCAUUGGACCUGGUGUUGAUGUGCCUGCUCCCGACAUGAGCACAGGGGAGAGGGAGAUGUCCUGGAUUGCUGACACCUAUGCCAGUACCAUAGGACACUAUGACAUUAAUGCACACGCAUGCGUCACUGGUAAGCCCAUCAGCCAAGGUGGGAUCCAUGGACGUAUUUCCGCAACUGGUCGUGGGCUCUUCCAUGGAAUUGAAAACUUCAUCAAUGAAGCAUCAUACAUGAGUAUAUUGGGAAUGACUCCUGGCUUUGGAGAUAAAACAUUUGCUGUUCAGGGGUUUGGUAACGUGGGCUUGCAUUCUAUGAGAUACUUGCAUCGUUUUGGAGCAAAAUGUGUCGCUGUUGGAGAGUUCAAUGGUUCUAUCUGGAAUCCCGAUGGGAUUGACCCGAAGGAACUAGAAGAUUACAAAUUGCAACACGGGACAAUCAUGGGCUACCCCAAAGCACAGCAACUGGAUGGCAGCAUCUUGGAGAUCGACUGCGACAUUCUCAUCCCUGCUGCCAGCGAGAAGCAGUUGACCAAGGCCAAUGCUCACAAGGUCAAAGCGAAAAUUAUUGCCGAAGGUGCCAAUGGGCCUACAACCCCUGAAGCUGACAAAAUCUUCCUGGAGCGGAACAUCAUGGUUAUCCCUGAUCUCUACUUGAAUGCUGGUGGUGUGACAGUCUCCUAUUUUGAGUGGCUGAAAAACUUGAACCACGUCAGUUAUGGCCGCUUGACUUUUAAAUACGAAAGGGAUUCAAACUACCACUUGCUCAUGUCUGUCCAGGAAAGCUUGGAAAGAAAAUUUGGGAAGCAUGGUGGAACUAUUCCAGUGGUGCCUACAGCAGAAUUUCAGGACAGGAUAUCAGUGAGUAGUUGCUGUGUUUUUUGGCUGUUCCUGUAG